AUGAAACGUUUACCAUCUGAUGUUGGUCUGUUAAGUUCAAAAGCAAUUUAUAUUCACUACUUUCCCUACUCAUUUGUGAUUUUUGGAAAUGAAAGCAGUAAAAUUCUUUCUGAAAUGACUCAAUAUUUGCAUUCGAGUAAUGCAACGAUGUCUUCCUUCAACAUGAAGCACUAUUCUCAUAUAUUUGGUUGUCAUGUUAAACUUUUCAACCCAAAUAUUGUUUUCCUUUUGGAUUAUGAGACUUCAGGAUUUCUUCCCAACAUUAAGCUCAUAAAUGUCUUCGAUAUGUUUGAAAGAAGAAGAUGCGAAGCAUAA